CAGGGGCGGGCCCGGGGCGGGGCCGGCGAGAGGCGGCGCUGCGCAGAGCCCGGCUCCGGCGCGGAGGGCGGCAGGCCGGAGUCCGCAGCGCCAUGCCCGGCCCGGGGGCGCCGGCGGACGCGGAGGAGACAUACGAUUUCCUCUUCAAGCUGGUGCUGAUCGGCGACGCCAGCGUGGGCAAGACAUGCCUGGUGCAGCGCUUCAAGACCGGGGCCUUCGCCGAGCGCCAGGGCAGCACCAUCGGCGUGGACUUCACCAUGAAGAGCCUCGAGAUCCAGGGCAAGCGCGUCAAGUUGCAGAUCUGGGACACAGCAGGCCAGGAGAGAUUCCGAACCAUCACCCAGAGCUACUACCGGAGCGCCAACGGAGCAAUCCUGGCCUAUGACAUCAGCAAGAAGGGCUCUUUCCAGUCCAUUCCUCGCUGGAUCGAGGACGUGAGGAAGUACGCUGGCUCCAACAUCGUACAGUUGCUGAUUGGAAACAAGUCUGACCUAAGUGACCUUCGAGAGGUUCAGCUGGAGGAAGCCCAGAGUCUGGCUGAACACUAUGAUAUCAUCUGUGCCAUAGAGACUUCUGCGAAAGACUCCAGCAAUGUGGAGGAGGCUUUUGUGAAGAUGGCCACAGAGCUCAUGAUGAGGCAUGGAGGCCCAAUGUUCAGUGAGAAAAACACAGACAGCAUCAAGCUUGAUAGUAAAGAUGUGGUAGAGGGCUGGGGGUGUGGCUGCUGAUAUGAACUAGCUGAUAUUCCUAACUUAACUGGAAUUUAGAUGGUGCUUCAACCUAAUGCUGAGUAGCCCAGUAGCUGUAUUCUCCUCCUGUGAAAGCAGCAUUUUUGUAGAAAUUAGACACCAGUGCAAUGAGGAUUAUGUCUCUGAUUUUUAAAAAGGGACUCUAUUAAGGUUUAGCUCUAAAAGUCAACCUUGACAUUUACUUUUUCUUUGUUUCCAUCAUUUUCUUUGCUGUAACCUUCACAGUGAAUUGUGAAUCUGAGGAAAGCAGCUUGGAAUUGAUUGUUGGAGGCUUCGGGGCUGAUAGCAGCUGAACAAGAACUUGCCACACAACUGCAGUCCUAAGCCCUUUGGUACACGAUACCUGGCAAAGAUGGUCACUAUUUAUAUUUUAGGUUAUUCAACCUUGAUGGUGUCUCUUUAUUCUUAACAUUCCACCUGUGACCAGAGUCAGAUCCUAGCAGGGAUGGAGAGAAUCUGUGGCAAAAGUGUCUGAAGUAUCAAAAUGUUUGAUUAUUUUAAAUGUGGGACCAAACAGCAUUCAUCUGACUUAGGCACUGGACUGCAGUGGAAGCUCUCUCCUUGCAAGUGAAAUGUGGCAUGCAGAUUGCUAGCUAAUGCUGGUAAAAGCCAAAGAGACAGCCCUUCUCUCAGAUACUUUUUUUAAACUACCUUUAUUACAAAUAGUGAAUUCAGCCUGAGCAAUACUGGAUGCCUGAUUGCGUGACAGUAUGGGGCAGACAUUUAAUUCCUUUAAAUUCAACCUUGAAGGAAGAGGGGUUUGAUUUAUUUCAUUCCUUUUUUUGCACAGCAAAUAGCUCCUCUUCCAAGUCGGUGUCAUUGAGUUUUUACCUUCAGCUUUAUUCAUUUCAUUCCAUAAACUCAGUGUCAGCACCACUGGAAAUAAUACAAACUGGAAAAACCUUGAACAGACUUUGCUAGCCAUGAGCUCUUUUAAUGUGCCUAACUGUCACAUACAAAGUAUCUCUGGUCAUGCAUGUUUAGCAAUAGUUGUGUUGUGAGGGGGGUUACUGCACAAAUGCCAGAACUAGAACUUUCUCCCAUUCCUUAACUACAGUCUGGGCAUUUUAUGGGAAAUGGUAUUUCAGCCUAGCUGAGAACUGCGUGAAACAUGGCUCUUGACUGUAGGAGAAUACAGAGCCUUUUCUUGACAAGCACAUGUUCUCAUGUACUCAUCUGGUUCCCUCUUCCACAAUCACAAUUUGCCAAUUGCUUUUCAUUUCUUGCGGCAAAAAAAAUCUUUAACUAUUUCUCAAAAGUCUGCAAUAGGAACUAGAUUUGAUUUAAUAAUCCUGUUAAAUAGAAGUGACCUGAAGAUGUAGCUGUCGGUUUAAAGCUUAUAUUGUAUGUGCAGUUAGAAAGUGCUGAUGCCAGCAGCUUACUCUGGAUUUACUCUUUCAAGCACCUUACAAGCUUGGAUUUACAAAGGGAAUGAAAGCAGGAUUUUUUUAAGUUUGUAGUUUUAAACCAAGGUUUGCAGAAGUAACAAGUGAUUUUUGCAACUCCAAACACUUCUGAGGGGUCUGAUUUUUAGAAAUGCUGAGCAUCCACUCUUUAGAAUUUGGGCAGCUAUACAACUGAAGCACCCAAAAUCACUAGUUAGGAAUCUUGACCCCAAAGCAUAGUGUGGGUUAUUAUUAUUUGAAGUACACUAAUUUAUAGCCAUUCCAUACAAAGCAUGAAAGUCAGGAAGAGCAGAAAAGGGCUAGUGGCCCCUGUUUUAAAUGCAUCAAAAAUAUUCUUGUGGAACAUACUAAACUGUUCUGUGUACUUUGUCUUGAUUUUUAACUAUGAAGUAGAUAACUAAAAAGAUCUGUGAAUGCUUUGUAGGCUUUGCUUGUGAUUGAAGAAGAUAGUUUUCACUUCAAGUUUUAUAAUUGUAAGAGUAAAGAGGCCUUAAAAUUUUCAGCUAGUUUAGUUUUUACAUUUCUAAUGUUUUAUAUGGAAAUGCAGGGUGAGGUACAAGUAGGGAUUUUUGUUUUACAUAGGACAUUUUUCCAGGAUAGCCCCUGGACUCCUACUUCCAAAGAGAAGAGACACUGAGUGCCCCACAGUAGCUAAACACUGGAGAUGGAGUUUUCCAGAACUCCAGGUGACUAACUUAUCUGUUGCUACACAGCAAACCUAAUACCCAACUUCUAAGACAUCUUAAAAGUCUGCAAUCUUAGAAAAAGGAAGGUAAUCCAAUUUAAAACUAAAACUAAACUAAAAUUUAAUCCCAAAAUCCUUAAGCCAACCCCUCUCCACCCCCUUCCUUCCCUGCCCAUUUAGCUACCACAGCAAAAGUAGCAUUUCAGAUGCUCUCCUCCUGUUUGAUGUUUAGUUUCUGUAACAUGGGUAUUUUUAUUUCCUCCUUAUAAAUGUGAGUUUAUAAUACAAAAAAGGACAAACCCUUAAGUUGCAGAAUAUUCGCAGGUAUAAGCAUCAUUUGUCACCUUCUCCUUUAGUUUGCAGCUAUGGGCCCACUCUGGCAAAUUUCUGUGCUCGUACAUGAUCUCACAUCAGUCAGGAGUCGCAUCAUGGGCAGGAUUAGUGCCAAAGUCCAUAUUUCAAACCCUGCUGGUAAGAACUCCUGUCUGUGUUUAAGAACAGCAGUGCUGAAAAUUCUUAAAUCACACCUGAGAGCUUAGAUCGUGAUGCAACCCGGACUGGAUCAAGAGCUUUAAAAGACUGGAUUGCGCUGCCAUUGCAGUCGGUGAAAGUUUGGCCCUGUAUUGUCAGUGGAGGCAGAAUUGAACCUGAGAUGUGCCAGAAGACUAAAGAGCAUGACAUGCUCUCAGAUAUUCAACAGUGGUCAGUAAGCGAGCAGAAAUCUAGCACUUUAAUUUUCGAGUCCUUGCCUUUGUUCAUCUGAUAUUUCAGCACCAUCACUGAAGUAUGAGAACCUGCCUGCAGAAGUUAGCCUGCUUCAGUUAGAAAGUAUAAAAUGCAGUGCAGUGUGGGUUUGUUCCCCGUGCCUUCAGAGGAAGGAUACAGUUUAGCUUCUUUCAUUUUGCUGUAACAUGCCAUAGCUACAGUUGAGUCAGCUCUGCCUUCUGACUUAAAAACACCUGACAACCAUUAUACAUGUUUGCAUGGCCUACCUACCUGAAUAAGGGAACAAACAGAAGACUUGAUUUAUCCAAGUCAGGUUGACUCUUAUCAAUGGCAUAACAUUCAGAUUCACAAUAGACAGUUUCAUUUACUCUGGUGGGCAGAGGGAGCACACCAUUCAAAUCCAUUGGCCUAAUAAUAGCAUAGUCCUCACUAGGUUCAUGGUUCCUUGAAGAGAAGUUUAGUUAACUGAAAACCUAAGUUGUAUCUUAAAAAAGAAUUUCUGUUAAAGAUGAUUUAUGGUUUAACUAACCUUGGAUGCAUAAAUCAUAUCCACAUCUAUGCAACUUAAGCAUUAGGAGUGCAGUCCAGCUCAACUUUCUUGGGCUAAUCCUUUUGAAACCAAAAGGUAAUUGGAAUGAGGAGGCUGAGCAGGAUUUGGCCCUAGCUUUACAGGCACAACACCAUGUUUUGAAAUCUCAGGUUAGGAAUGUGCAAUGAUGUAGAUCGAAUGAGUGAUUCAGUAGCAUAUGAUCAGAGUUCAUGUCACAAAUAUUUGCUAAGAACCCUGUUUACUGGAGUUGAAUAUUAACAAAACUAUAUACAGCCUUUUGUGUAAUGCAGGAAUUGCUUUUAGGUAGAUCUUCUUAGGCUACCAUUAUUCAUAUUUGUAUUUAUCAUUGAUUUUGGCAGUGUGCAAAGGUUGCUAAGCACUGUAAAACCACAAAAAGGGACAUUAGUCCUUUCCCCGAACCACUUAUAGAGCAAAUUUCAGUGGCAAACACUGAAAUAAAGAGCACUUAGAGUUUUGUUCCCUUUUGUGUGAACAAUAUUUUCCCUGUAUCAGUAUUGCUAUAACUUUUAAAUUUGUCUUCUAUUGCUUAUACAGUCCAUCAUGAUGGGUAGAAUUUGUACAAAAAAUUAUAAUUGUAUCAUUUUCAAAUAAAUGUGUGUCAGCACAGA